CCAGAAGAAGAGCUCUCCACAGCCAAACUAAACAUUAACUGUUGUUGCGUGGGAAGUAGUGAAGUGUUUGGGAGAUUUAGCUCCUUUUUUGACUAAUUUUAACAUUUCAGACGGGGAAAGUAUGGAAACAGAAAAGGUUACAGGGGGAGCGGCUGAGUUUGAGAGUGUGGACAUCAUGGGGUUCGCAGGGAAACAGGGGAAAGUCCCCCGGAGAAUCAUCCACUUUGCCAGUGGAGAGACCAUGGAAGAGUACAGCACCGAUGAAGAAGAGGAGCCUGUGAAGAAAGAUGUUACUCCAGUUGAUGCGUCUAAACUGACCUGGGGACCAUAUUUCUGGUUCCAAAUGUGGCGAAUGGCCACCUCCACUCUCUCAGUAUGUGACUUCAUGGGUGAAAGACUGGCUUCUUUGUUUGGGAUAAAUGCUCCUAAGUACCAGUAUGCAAUCGAUGAGUACUAUCGUAUAAAGAAAGAGGAGGAGGAGGAAGAGGAGGAGAACCGUCUGGCGGAGGAGGCAGAUCGUCAGUUCUCUAUGCAGCAGAGAAGUGGGCAGAACAAUCCCGCGUUGGUGGAGCAGCCAGAGGCGUCCACAGCCUCCUUUGUCAACAUUAGCUUUGAGCUCCAGCCGGAGCCUCCCCUCAGUGGCCCAGACUCAGACAGAGUCCCUUCUCCACUUCCGUCUUGAAAACAGACUCUUGCAAAACAAUGUUCAAAUCCUUAAUUUACUUAAACUAAUGAUAUUAUUUUUUUUAUGUUUUUUUUUCUAAAAUAAUAUUUUCAUUACUAUGCAUUGCAAGGAACACAAAAAGAAGUGGCUUAAUCAGCCUAACCUGUGAAUGUAAAUGUGUGCAUCUAACUGUGAUCUAUGCAGAACUUUUUAACCUCUGAGGUUCCGACUGGGUUUAUCAGCACACAAACUUGCACAUUAAGAAGUCACAAAAUUUCUUUCUGAAGUUGGCAAUUCCUCAAAGUUAAAGUAUUUGGCAUACUUUAAUAAGAACAGUUAAAGAGUACAGCAACACCUUCAACUUGCUUUACAUAUCUGCCGCCUGUAACUGCUGACUUCAACACAUAUUAGUUUUAAAAAAAAAAUCUGGCACACAAUAUUGAAAUAGAUGCUAAAGAAGCAUAUAAACAGGUUUUUGAUCCGACUCAAACUAUGGUGUGAUACUGAAAGUCUGCUGCUAGUUUUUUUAGAGCAUGAAGGAAUGAAAAUAAGUCAUUCACAGGAAUAUUUGCCUGAAGAAAUAGAUUCCGUUGGAAGAAUUUAACCACAUUUACUGCAAAAAAUAUAGUAACCAUUCUGUCUUAACGUACUGAAGAGUUCAGAGGGUGUUUAGAGGCCUGUUCUUGAUAGUUUUACUGCCCUAAAACCUGUUUUUGCUGUUCUGUUUCUGGAAUUUCACAACACAAAGUUGUUACAAGUAGGUCAAGAAUCAGGUUUAACACAAAGAUGAAUGAUGUGUUCUUUUACUGAAACUUGAGUAUCACUCGGUUUGAAAUCAGCGGAUGUCAUGUCAAAAAAUUCUUAAACUUUUACAAUCUCAAAUGCUAAAAUAUUAUUUUUGGGGCAGCAUUCACUUUGUGAAUAUUGUCAAGGUGAUGUGUGAUUGCUGCAGCUGGAAUUAAAGCCUUGUUUUCUGUUUUA